GUUUCCAGGAGUGGCCACAGGGGGCAAUAGCAGACCUGUCCCGGCGAUCCUCGUCGGGCGCCGCUCUUUCCGCUUGGCUCAUCUCGUCGUCACUUCCGCCUGAAGUCAUGGCUACGCUCGGCCGGCUGUUUACGACGUGCGGUCGGUUCGUCGGCAGGCCAUUGUCCCGUGGUCACUGGACGACUCCGGCAGAUGACGAGCUGUACCAGCGGACCACGGUCAACGCCCUGGAACGGGAGUCCCAGGACACACUGUUCAUUGACUCCUACAGCCAGCAAGGCUUCACUAUUGGUGGCAACCGGGUACUGGGCCCCUGUGCACUGAUCCCGCGUGCCCUCCUGCACUGGGACGUUCAGAGCUACAAAGACAUCAGUGCAGACAGUCUGGCCGCCUUCUACUUGCUGGAACCCAAAAUAGAGAUUCUGGUGCUGGGUUUGGGAGAGUGUGUUCAGAGACUGGAUCCCAAGGUACGGGCCUUCAUGAAAACCAAGGGGAUUGCUCUGGAGAUACUGGACACGCCUAAUGCCUGUGCCACCUUUAACUUCCUGCUGAGUGAACGACCACACGUAGCAGCUGCCCUGAUUCCUCCGAAAUACCUCCUGACCCACCAGUAGCAGGAGCCACAACAAAACCACCCGUGAGUGGUAUGGAAUGAACUGUGUGAAGAUCACAGGAGGAAUUCUCUUCAUGGUCCUCUUGUCAUCCCUAUACCACGUGAGAUUAAUGGGAGACACUGGCCUCUCCCAGUAACAACAGCUCAUUGCGAGGAGCCAGGAUGAAGCAGCUUGUGAACAUGCCCCGCUCCAGCAUCACAGCCUCA